AUGGCUGCCGGUGACAAGGCUUUUAGUGGGCUUUUACUUAAAUUGUUGGUCGUAUAUGUAGCCCUUGUUGUGAUAGAGGGCCGGCCCAUGAGGAAGGACUUGGGCCUAGGCCUUGGUGGAGGUGUUGGUCUAGGCUUGGGGUUGGGACUGGGGUUAGGCGGAGGUGGUUCUGCCUCUGGUUCGGGUUCUAGUUCCGCUUCAGGCUCUGGUUCUGGGUCGGGAUCCUACGCUGGCGGUGGUUCCUGUGCAGGUUCUGGCAUAGGGUCUAAUACUGGCUCAGGUGCUGGUUCAGGCUCAGGUGCCGGUGUCGGUUCAGGUUUUGGGUCUAAUGUUGGUUCUGGUUCUGGCUUAAACACAGGCUCAGGUGCUGGGUCAGGUACGGGCUCGGGUUCGGGGUCCGGUGCUGGUUCGGGGUCCGGUGCUGGGUCAGGUUCUGGCUCUGGUGCGGGUUUUGGCUCAGCUGUUGGGUCUGGUGCUGGUUCUGGCUCAGGCAACGGUGUUGGUUCAGGCUCGGGAUUUGGGUUUGGCCGGGGCUCAGGUAGGGGAAGUGGGCAUGGAUCAGGUUUUGGAUCCGGUUACGGCGAGGGUCGUGGAUAUGGUGAGGGUGGUGGCUUUGGGACAGGAGAUGGGUCCGGCGCGGGUUAUGGAGAAGGAUACGGGCGCGGUUAUGGUUCUGGCACCGGAGAAGGAUACGGCGAAGGUUAUGGGCGGGGUUAUGGGUCUGGAUCUGGCAAUGGUGGUCGCCCUUAA